GUGGUUGAAGAGGAGAAGGAUGACUUGAAAAUGUCAUCAGAUGCGAUAGGAAAGAUUAUAUCCAACCCACAACAGGUAGUCAUUAACAUCAAGAAGGACGACCUGGAAAUGAUUAUGAAUGAGCUUGAGUUGCCCAAGAGUGUAGUGGAAAAGAAAUUGAUCGAAGUGAAUGGUGAUCCGAUAGCCGCUAUCAAAAGCUUCAUGGGGUUCGAUACCUCGUAG